AUGGGGCGCUUCUUCACCGAAGAGGAGGUUGAAAAUGCGAGCACGGUUACCGUUAUCGGCUAUAAACUCUAUGAUGAAGUCUUCAAAGGUGAGGACCCAAUCGGCAAAGAAAUGAAGGCGACACGGACAACGAGUUGGGGACCCCGAUAUGACGUGCGCUUGACGGUGAUCGGUGUGAUGGAAGAAAAAGGCGAUGCGAUGGAUACCGAAGGCUGGGAUGAACGUUUUAUCAUUCCCCUCACAACAUUUCAGCAGCGCUUUACCGGACGGAAGGAGGUCGAGCGUAUCCGUGUGGAGGCAGCAAGUCUUGAUGAGGUUGAAAUCGCGAAAGAAGAAGCGAAGCACAUCUUGGGAAGGAUGCACAACAAUUCUGGAGAGGAAUAUCAAUACUGGACAGCGCAGGAGGAAUUGGCAACCGCCGAAAAAAUCGGGGAUACGAUGAAAUAUUUAAUGGGCGGGAUCGCGCUGAUUGCGCUUUUUGUGGCAGGAAUCGGUAUCAUGAAUAUCAUGCUGGUCUCAGUCACAGAACGAACAAAGGAGAUCGGUCUGCGCAAGGCACUUGGGGCAAAGCGGCGCGACAUCUUGAUGCAGUUUCUGAUCGAGGCGUUGGUCUUGAGCAUAACAGGCGGUAUCUUCGGCGCAAUUCUCGGUAUUUUUCUAGGGAAAGGUAGUGCCAUGUUAAUCGCCAAGUUUGUGUGGGAAGGUAGCAAUUGGCCCUCAGUCAUUUCCUACUCUACCAUGAUUAUCGCCAUGGGUGUCUCUGUGAGCAUUGGGGUUAUCUUCGGAUUGUAUCCCGCCUACAGAGCGGCAAUUUUAAUGCCGAUAGAAGCGUUGAGGGAGGUGCCGGGAGAUGAGGGCAUCAAGAUUGCCGGAGAAGAAUUUAAACUUGCCCCCCUUGCUGGAAGAUUUUGGGGACAGCUACUGGACAGCUUGGUCUGCGCUGCCAUCGUCGCUAUUCCGUUUGGUGCCUGGACGCGCAUCGGUCUAGAAGGCACCAAUAUUGUGCUCUGGGUUGCUGCCUCCAUUGCGUUACUGUAUUUACUUUUUCAAGAUGCCCUAAACGGACGGAGCCUUGGUAAACGACUCAUGAAAGCACAAGUCGUUGAUUCAAAGAAGGGCGUGGGAAAAAAGAGGAUCGCAGCUGAUAAACGGAUUGAAGUGGUCAGAAAUGGAGAUUUCCAGAAGUUAAUUAGCGCGACAGGAAAUCUCGAAGCACUCAUUGAUGUCGAAGUUAAGGCAAACGUUGCGGGCGAAAUCGUUAAACUGUAUGUGAAUGAUGGGGACUAUGUUGAGAAGGACCAGAUAUUGCUGGAGAUAGAUCCGGAACAGUACGUCGAAGAAAAGAACCAGGCUGAAGCCGAUGUCAAUACUGCUAGGGCACAACUCAGGCAAGCGGAACUCAGCAUUAUGUUGAAAACCGAAGAGCUUGAUAGCGCACGCCAACAAGCCGAGGAUAAUGUCAAAAUUGUCAGAUCGAAUUUAAGGACAACCUUAGCAACUUCACAAACACAGAUUACUUCGGCUGAAACGGACAUCCAAACGACGCUGAACCAGUUGGAUCAAGAUAAUAUUGCGCUGGAGCAGGCGAAGAUCGAACUCAACCGGGCAGAAAUAAGGCUCGCAGAGCUUGAAACAGAACUUGAGUCCGUCAAAGUGGAGCGAGAUAAUGCCCUAUCUGAAAGGAAUCGGAACAAGGAACUGUUUGAGAAGAAACUGGUUUCUAAGAGGUCCCUGGAGGAGGCGGAAUCGAGAUAUGCGAAUGCAGAAUCGCAAUAUAAGACAGCUGAAAAGCGAUUAGAGUCUCAGCGGCAAACUGUCAAUUCUCAAAAUAAAACUAUCGAUACAAGAAAAAGUGCAAUCGCAAACCGUGAACUAACCAAGACGUAUCGACAACUGAAUUUGAAGGAACUCCAUGAAAUGCGAAAGGCGGCAGAGGAGGAGAAAAACCUCCAACUGCAAAUUGCCCAAACCCGCCUUGCGGAGAUUGAAGAUACUCUCGAAAACGAAAAAACCGUCACUGAACAAGGGGAAGUGAGCGCGCAAGCGAAUCUCCUGCGACGUCGGAGUAGCCUGAAGAACCAAGAGGAAUUUUUGGAAUGGACAACCAUCAAGGCACCGAUGGCUGGCACUGUGACCCUCCUCGAAAUUGAAGAGGGGGAGAUUGUGACCUCCGGUCGCUCGGCAUUCUCGCAGAGUCCACCGUUGAUGACAAUUGCAGAUCUAUCAAAAAUGGUGGUCAAGACCUACAUCAACGAAGUCGAUAUGGAACGACUCGGGAUGAAUCAGAAGGCAAACAUCAAAGCUGACGCAUAUAAGGACAAAAUAUACGAGGGUCGCGUCGCCGAAAUCUCUCCGAGUGGCGAGGAACGAGAUAACAUUAUCACCUUCGAGGUGAUGGUUGAGGUGGUCGGCUCACCCUCUGAGCUGCGUCCCGGCAUGAGUGCCGAUGUCGAUGUUAUUACCUACGAGGAGAAAGAUGUCUUGAUGCUGCCGAUAGAUGCAGUCCAAGAGGAAACAUCGGCAAUCGCCACGGCGAAAGUCGGUGCUGAUGUAGAUGCUUUCAAAACAGACCAAGAAAUUGAACUCAAAACUUUAACCGGAAAGAGCUUCAACGGAAAGGUAACUAGCAUCAGUGGAGACCGAUUGACAAUCAGUCUCGAUAGCUCACAGCGAGGCUUACGUGAUGGCGAACGAACCUUCACACUUCUUGUGAAUGGUAAGCAGAAGGCGGACGGGGUUUCGACAGAUAUUAAAAUCACGAAAGAUAAGUUCGUCAUGCUUGAUUCAGCAGGCGGCAUUGAAAUAGGGAACGAUGCCUCAAAAGGAAAACGAGUUUCUAUUGAGGUGGGCGAGCAGAACGAGACCGACGUCACUAUCAAGAGUGGACUGGUAGAAGACGAUCGGGUGAUCUUACCUAAGCGGCAGGCACCGGCAGAAGACCAAUUUUAA